CUCAGAGUCAGUGGAGAGCAGUGAGCACCUUUGUGAGAGUUGCAGAGUUGCAGUAUGUUUCCCGCUCCGCAUCGUCUUCGCGUGGCUUUCACUUAAUGCGCUGAACAUUUCUGGAGGACAUCUCUCUUUUUUCAGCUCAUAUGAUAUCUCAGCUGUCUUUGGAAUGAUGGGGACCUUACAUGACAGUAUUGGAUUUGUGCUCUUUUCCUGUUUGUCCAUUCAAGUUGGAUUUUCUCUUGAUGGAAAGUUUACCGAUUUCCCUACUAACAUCACUGCAAGGGAAGGACAGAACAUCGAAAUGGCAUGUGCAUUUCAAAGUGGGAUGACCUCGGUUUACUUAGAGAUCCAGUGGUGGUUUAUUCGAGCUCCAGAGGAACUGACUACGAGCGAAGAGGAUGAGGAUGAUACGGAGAUGGAGCUGAUUCCAGACCCAGAUCCUGAUGAAGAAGGGACUAAAAUAAGUACAGUCAAGGUCCAAGGCAAUGACAUCUCCCACAAGCUGCAGAUCUCUCGGGUGAGCAAGAACGAUGAGGGUCUGUACGAAUGCCGUGUCACAGAUGCCAACUACGGAGAGCUGAAGGAGUACAAGGCUCAAGCUUACCUGAAGGUCAACGCCACCAUCCGCCCGCGCAACAGAGCCAUUAAGAAGAGCUCUCCGCUGCACCUGACCGAUAAGAAACCCCGCAAGAGCAGCUCAGCUCUGGGUCAGGACAGCAACGGCAUGAGCUCAGACCAGAGAGCCCAGUCCACUUCUGCCUCGCAGACGGCACACUCCAAAACAGUGGAGCACAGCACAGGGGCAGGGAUGAGGAUAUCCACGAGUAAUGGACUCGCUGUUCUCCUCCUCACAACCGGCCUCAUGAGCGGACUGUGGCUAUAGUGACUCCUUUUCCCAGAAUCACACUUAUUUUAGAGCCAAGAGAAAAUUGCCUGCUAUUUGGACGGAGCGGACAGCACAGUAGUCCCUCAACACUGCACCCAACAUAGUUUAAGAUCAUCACCAGAAGCACCUUCCUUUCUAAAGCCUAGGAGAAGGAAACUGUCAGAGGACACGUGCUUCACGCUCCAAAUCAAACUCCGGAUCGAACAAACGGACACAGACUCUUACAGGGUCUUACACCUCUUAUAUAUAUUUGUGGUUGUUUUUUGUUGACCUUUUAACUCCAGCUGUGAAUUUAAUACAUGCUCUGAAGUUGCGAAAAGUCUAUAUUUGUGUAAAAUAUGAAUAUAUGAACAGAUAUACAGUAUAUAUAUAUAUAGAGAGAGAGAGAGAGUAUUUGAUUUCAAAUCCCCUCCAGUCUGUACAGAUGUCAUUCACUCGCUGUGUAUUCACAUGCAAAAACAGCCUUGAAGUCAAAAUAAGUGCAUCGCGGCUCGGUACAUGUUGUUUCUGGAUCGCUAACUGAGCUCAGCUUGACUGUGUGCUAAUUCACGGUUGUUGUUGCUUUAUUUAUUUAUCUUUUUGUUUGGCAUAAUAAAUGUGAGUGUAUUCUUCUGCCCCUCUGUCCUGUCGGUACAAUGCUGUAAACUGAGAGUCACGUUAAGUUCGCACGUUGCAUGUUGUGAGCAUAGCAGUCUACGGCUGGAAUCAAACCUCACACUCAAUAAUGCCAUUUCAGAGCAUCGUUUCAGUACAGUUGAAAAGAUAUUGUUUGUUUGGCUCUUAUUUACUUUUUUGGAGAGUGGAGGCUCAGACGAAUCAAUGGAAAUAAAUGUCCUAAGCGUUCACCCUUCUCGUUGCUAAAGGAGUUGCAUGACCUUCAGCGCUAUUGAAUGCUGUGAUUGUGUCCUCUUAAACAUCACAAGUAUGAUUCACCCACGUUUAAGUGCUGAAGAUGAUUGUUUUUCACCUCUUGAAGCCUCCGUCAUUUCCGCGGUGGUUUGCCAUCUUCAAAAUCAUGUUGCAUCAUGGAUUUCCACUAAGCUGAAAAAAAUCAAUUGUCAAUUGGUUUUCUCUCUCAUCUUUUUUCUUAAUUUACAAUGGAACAAGCUGAACACAAGUGACUGAACUCAAUAUGACACCAAAACAUCCUCUGCUGCAGGCGAAAUGAAGAAGAAACUGAUUGACAGAUCUUUUUUCUGGUUAUUCUGGGUCAGACUGAACAUUUUGAGAUCAAUAACCAAGAUACAAAAAAAAAAAAGGCUUCAGAAUUACAUAUUCCCUUAUGAUGCCCUUAUCACUGUAUUUUAAAAGUGUUGGUAGUGGUUGAAAAAAAGAUGGUGACAUUUAACCAACACUGUGUUAUCAACAAGAACAAGACGUCCCUCAAGGAAUGUCAUGGUUUUGAAAGGAAUCUGAAGCUGCAGUUGAUGGAAAUUCAUUCUGUUUGACAUUCUGCUCUUGUAUUGAUGUCUUGAGGUGUUUUAAAUCAUUUAACCAAAGAGAUGGGCACGUCGCAGUACUGUUUACAGAACACAUGAGAGCCCUAUGUUUUACGCCAAAUCUACACUGGCUUUCUGAAAACUCAUUCUCUCACUCAUGGCCGGGUCAUGUGUAGUGUUUGGUCCUCAGUUUUGGCUUUUGAAGCAGCUGUAUUGGGAUUACGCUUAGAUUAAAACGUAAGAAAGAGAGUUUCUCACAAAGAACAAACACAAAACCAACAUGAAAUCUUGUUAAAAUACUACAAAGUAAGGGAAAAUUCCAUGUAGCGUUUUUUUAUCCUGCACUAAAAAUUUUUGCUUUUCAGUCAAAACUUUUAUUAUUGGUGAAUAAUAACGCAAAACAUUUUAAAAUCAGUUCAGAUGAUUUGAACAUUUUU